AUGGCUAAAGUCAUUUUCACAGCAUGGAAGAACAAGGCGCAGUUGGCCGAGGUGCGCAACGAGUUUUAUCCUUCGCCGUCAUAUGAUGGCCCCGACAUGCGCACUCAUGCUUGUGCAGUGGUGGAAGCUUGGAAACUACGUGGCAACGUCCCGCAUCAUGUUGAGGCGACGGCCCUUUUGACGGACGCCAUUCUCCACGAUGACGCGCAGAUGAAUUCGAUUUUCUCAAUUCGAGCUACCUACUCUGCUGCAUUCUGUCGAUUCGUGACUGGCCUCGUCGACUCUAAGGUUCAAGGCCCUCGCAAGACUAUGUUCCAGCGUGCUGCAGACUUGGGAUUACCUGCAUCCUUUGUUGAGCUGCGUCAUGAGGCGACUCACCGCGAACCACCAUCCCUGGUUGUUCUUCGCAAGGCUUCUCAGCGCUCUCUCGAGUGGCUCUGGGACAACUACUGGGCUAAUAUCGAUGAUCUAGGCGCUUUUUCCAAUGUUGAUCAUGAGAAUAGCGCAUCUGUCCAGAGUGCCCUGACUCGUGUUUUGAAGGAAUUCUCCACUGGCUCCGUGCCUGCGGAGCCACAGCGCAAGAAGCGGAAGCGCGACCAGGAGGUCUCUAUUUCGACAGAUCUGAUUUCAUUUUGUGGCGCGUCAAGCGAGGCUGUGAAAUUACUACCUACUGUCCUUUUGGAGGAGUAUAUCUUGGUUGAUUCCGAGCGAAAAAUUGGAGAGUCUAUGAAUAACCUCUUCGAUAAGUGGGAUCCUGUCUUACAGAAGAUUACUGAACACCACCCCUCGUUCUUGAUGUACUUGUCGGAGGAUUUGAUACACAAGCUGCUUUUCGAUGUCACGAGGGAUUCGCCAAAGGACGCUGUUGCCGAGGGCUUAUUUUUAUGGUUGACUCAUAUCUUGACCUCCGCUUCCUGGGCGUCUCACCAACCAUACUGCUCUCGCAGUUACAUUCUCACUGCCUGCGAUGAAAACCCGAACCACUGGGCCCAGAUGCUGAGCGAUAGGUUACGCGAGCAUGGUGGCGUGCGAAAGAGCAACGCUACCUCUGGACGAACCUCCAAAGGCUCCUCUGCGAAGAGAAGUGCACACCAGAAUGGCGAUCGUCAUGUCUCGGGUGUUGAUGAGAAGCUUCUUACACAUGGCUGGGGGCUUGUUGAAAAAUGGGAUAGCCGAGCUUUGGGUGUUGCAUCGGCUCACUAG